UUAAGGACACGAGGAAAAUGGCGAAGGCGACAAAGUAAUCUUGGGGAAAAAAAUAAACACUUGAAAUAGUUGAUAAAUAAUUGACAGAUGACAACAUUUCUGAGCUGUGUGAAAGAACGAUGGCUUCGGGCGAGGAGGAACUUUCUCGAACAAGAGAAGAGAACGAACGACAGCAACAACCGGAGGUUUGCGCCACAAAAACUAUGCUACAUACGCGAGAUGUCCAGAUCUCCAAUUUAAAGCCGGAGGAUCCACCUCCCCCCCAUUUUAAAGAGGAAGAGGAGAAACUAUGGAUCACUCAGGAAGGAGAGCGUCUUCAAGGGUGGGAGGACGCUGAUCUCCCCAAGUUGCCACUGACCGGUGUCUCUGUGAAGACUGAAUACCAUGAAGACAAACCAUGUGAGUCCUCACAGCUUCAUCACCGUCCAAAUGUCCAGCAGCUGAUUGAUCAUCAAGAAGAACAUUCCUGUCAGCCGCAGGGCGGGAUCGCCACUUUGAAGCAGGAGGAGCCGCAGAUCCUCAAUGUUAAAAAGGAAGAGGAAGAAGUCUGGAUCACUCAGGAGGGACAGUAUCAUCUCAGCACCUUGCCACUGACGGAUGUCUCGAUGAAGACUGAAGACCAUGAAGAUAAAGCACCUUUGUCCUCACAGCUUCAUCGCAGUCCAAGUGAGGAGAACAGAGGGGCGGAGCCUCCACGAAGCAGCCCACCACAACACAUGACAACAGAAGCUGAUGGAGACCACUGUGGAGGAUCACAAGCAGACAACCUCUUAGCUCCACUAUCAGAUAGUGACGACACAACGUCACACUCUCCUGAGGAUGGAGACGGGGACGACACCCAAGAACCUUUGAGCAGCGAUAGAGACAGUGAGGGUGAUAUGAGGACUCACACUUCCUCUAAAAGGAAGACAGGUAAAAAAGGUUUCACCUGCUCAGUUUGUUCUGAAACCUUUUUUUAUAAGAGCUAUUUGACGCAACACAUGAGAACGCACACAGGGGAAAGACCUUUUAGUUGUUCAGUGUGUGGGAAAACAUUCAAUGACAAGCGAAGUUUGGUAAAACACAUGAGAACGCACACAGGAGAAAAACCUGUCAGUUGCUCAGUUUGCGGCAGUGCAUUUUCUCAGGUAUCAUCUCUAAAUAUACAUAUGAGAAUGCACACAGGAGAAAAACCUUUUAGUUGCUCAUUUUGCAAUAAAAACUUCUCUCAGAAGAUAACAAUGCUGACACACAUGAGAAUACACACUGGAGAAAAACCUUUUAGUUGCACAGUCUGUGAGAAAAGCUUCUCUAAAAAAGUGAAUAUGGUAGUACAUAUGAAAACACACACGGGAGAAAAAACUUUUAGUUGCCCAGACUGUGACAAAAGAUUCACUCUGAAGGCACACAUGCUGUCACACAUGAAAACACACUCAGUAGAAAGACCAUUCUGUUCUUUAAUGUGUGGUGAAACAGUCAAUGACAAGCAAAGUUUGGUAAAAUACACGAGAAGACGCACAGUAGAAAAACCUUUCAGUUGCUCAGUUUGUGGCAGUGCAUUUUCUCAAGUGUCAUCUUUAAACAUGCAUAUGAGAACGCACACAGGAGAAAAACCUUUUAGUUGCUCAUUUUGCAAUAAAAACUUCUCUCAGAAGAUAACAAUGCUGACACACAUGAGAACACACACUGGAGAAAAACCUUUCAGUUGCCCAGACUGUGAUAAAAGCUUCUCUAAAAAAGUAAAUAUGGUAAUACAUAUGAGAACACACACUGGAGAAAAACCUUUUAGUUGCUCAUGUUGCGCAAGAAAAUUCUCUUGUAAAUCAGCAAUGCUGAGGCACAUGAGGACACACACUGGAGAAAAACCUUUCAGUUGCUCAGACUGUGAUAAAAGAUUCACUCAAAAGGCGCACAUGAUGUCACACAUGAGAACACACUCAGGAGAAAAACAUAAAACAUUUUAGUUGUUCAGAAUGUGGUAACAUCUUCGUUAAAAAGUAAAUAUGGGGUCACAUAUGAGAACACACACGGGCGACAAACCUAUUCGCUGCUCCGUCUGUGGGGAUACAUUUUCUCUGAGUUCCUUUUUUGUUUGGACACAUGAGAACACACAAGACGUGCUUUGUGAAUCAUGGUGAGCAGUUCAAGGUCUUGUUUUAUAUCGACUGAUAUACACCAUUCCAGGAUACAAUUACAUCGGAAGGUAAUUCUAACUAAAGUUAGACUAGUUGGAAAUAACAUGAACACUACUCACCUUGGAAGCCUCAAAGUAUUCCAAAUGUACAUUAAAUUCAGACAAAAUCCUGUCCUGUUGGAAAUGGUCCAUAGAAUGUAAAUAGUUAGUCCGCGCUGAGGCUUAGUUCCAUUAAGACACACUGACCGCUGUUGCACACUUUUUCGUCAUAUUUUCCACAUAUUCUUGAUCGUAAAUUGGUUCAGCGUGUUUACCACACCUCGAUACCUAAAGACUUCUCUACUGUGAACUUCUGACACCUCAAUGGACCCAAUAGACAGCUGUUUACCUGGUCUGCUGUGGCACAGUAGCCAAUCAAUUUCUGUUAUAAAUCUAUAUUAAAGUACCAGCCCCUCUUCUGGCAUGCGUAGUUUGGGCCAAUAACAUCCUAUCUUAAUGAUGACUGAUGCAUUGAAUCACCAAUUAAAUUGUGAAAACAUUGA